GAGAGCGCGCGAUCGCGCACUCGCUCUCGCACCGCGAUCCGCUCCAUGGCUCGUCCCCGACUCGUUCGCUAGUGUGUUUUUGACAUCGGUAAACGCAGUCGUGAACUUCGGAGCGGGCAAACAUACUUUUUAUUUAUAGUUUUAAUCGAAUCGAGUCGUGUGUUGUUCGUGAUACGUGUGCAAACCCGGGAUACGUUAAAUAUGAGUAUUGCUGCUCUGAUCCAAGCCGCUGAAUUCAUCGAAAGGCGCGAUAGAGUGUUAUUUGUUGCAGAGGCGGAGCACGGAUACGCGUCGAGUUUACCGGUGUAUGAAGAGGGCCGCUCGGGAGGCAGGCGGCCGAAGACCAAGAAAUCGCAGGGCAGUAGGACGACUCAUAACGAGUUGGAAAAGAACAGGAGAGCACACUUAAGAAGCUGCCUGGAAAAAUUGAAAGACAUGGUUCCGCUAGGACCCGAAGCGUCUCGUCACACCACUUUAGGAUUAUUAACGAAAGCCAAAAGAUUUAUAAAGAGUUUGGAAGAGAGAGAGAAACGACACUCGAGUCAUAAGGAGCAGCUGGCGCGGGAACAGCGCUAUUUGCGACGGCGGUUGGCUCAGCUGCGAAACUCGCAUGACGUCUCCACGCGCAGUCUUAGCGAGACCAGUCUGCCGCACCCGCAUGCUACGCGUGCGGAUUCGUUGUCUUCGCUCGAGUCCUCAUCAGGGGUAUCUACUGCGGAUCGCUCGCCGUCCUCUGUUUCUGAGAGCGACGAAGUGGACGUGAUAGGCUACACGUCGAAUCAGAGCGACAGCGAGUCGCUUGUGUCUGGACACAGCGCUGACAGCGGUGUGGGCGGCGGCGUCGGCCGGCGGCGUGGCGCGCGAUCGCCCGUGCAGUCCGCGCCCCACGCGUCCCGCCGCCGCGCCCCUGCGCCCGCGCAGAGCAAAUAUGCGUGCGAACGCCCGCGCCGCGCCCAGCGCUCCACGAGGGUUUAGGUGGUAGGUGCGCGGCGCGCGGAGCGGCUGCGGCGUCGGCCCUCGCGCAAACAAUUGUAGAACAUUUUGUUGAUACAUUUACUAAGGCGUCUGUUGUUUCUGUGACUGAACUAUGACCACGCGCCACCUUCACCCGCCGGCACCCUCAUUCGUACCUCAACGACAACAAUGGUGUCAUAUUUUCUCAC